GAUACACUCGUCAGCUCUCCGCUCUUGAGUCUCGAGCGCGAAAUCGGAAAAUGGAAAUAUCAUUCAAUCAAUUACCAAGGUGAAAUAUUUGUUCUUUAUAAGGUACUCUUAAAAAUAUAUUGCAUAACUUUUCAUGUUAAUGUCAUUGAAAUAUUUUUCAAUAUUAUAUUUUUAUUUAUUUUUUUACCAUUUAAAUUUUUUUAUUAAGUUAAAUCACUCAUUUUUAAAAUCGUUAAUUGACGUUUAACAUUUGUGAUACCUACCGAUAAGACGUGUUUGUUCUGUAUAAAUAAAUAAAAUAAAUAAUGGCUAAUACUGGGUUGUUGAUAUGUUCCAAUCCGUUUCGCCUACUUCGCAUAUUUCCGCAAAUACAACGCGAUGUACAAAGCACACUUUACGUCCAUUUUUUCCCAAUUCCAAAGUUGGAUAAGAAAACUGUACGACACAGAUUCAUGAUGAUUGAUGCUUAUAAAAAUUUAAGUCCUAUGAACGUGGAUGUACGCAUCCUUUUAUGUGGUCUCAAGGGCACAUUUGACAAUCAGAUUGCUACUAAACGACCAGUAGAUGUGAUUUUCUACGAUGACCAUAUAAAAUCUGAACAACUUCAUCAUGUGAUGUCGUCAUUAAGUAACAAGUCUCCUAAUUGCAAGACUGUAUUUAUACAACCAAAUGAUGCUUGCAGCUCAAUUGAUACAAAGGAGACUACCCAAUACGAUGAAAUGGAAAAUGAACUGUACGAAAGUGUGGUUUUAGGUGGAACUUUUGAUAGACUUCACAAAGGACAUAAAAUAUUACUAAGUACAGCUGCACUAAAAUGCACUAAAAAAUUAACUGUGGGCGUAACCGACAUUUCCAUGUUAAAUUCUAAAAAAUUAAAGGAACUUAUCGAACCUUGUAAUACUAGAAUAAGUAAUGUUGAAGGAUUUUUAAAAGAUAUUGAUCCUACAUUAGAAUAUGAAGUAUUGCCUAUUUAUGAUAUUUAUGGUCCAACCAUUCAUGAUCCUACAUUUCAGAUGAUUAUUUUAAGUGAAGAAACAAUGAAAGGUGGAGAGUUAAUUAAUGAGAAAAGAGUUAAAGCUGGUUUGCGACCACUUGAUAUAAUACCUGUGCCAUUAUUAGAGGAAGAUAAAACAACGAGUGAUUGUUGUGAGGAAGAAGAGCAAAAAAUAAGUUCAAGCAAUUAUCGCAUGAGAUUGUUAGGUACACUCUUAAAACCGCCUCAACCAAAUAACAAUAUACCUCCAUGUCCAUAUAUUAUUGGGUUAACUGGUGGAAUUGCAAGUGGCAAAACGUCUAUUGCUAACCAUUUAAAAGAUUUAGGAGCUUUUGUAAUUAAUGCUGAUACUUUGGCACAUAGGCUGUAUGAUAUAAAUCAGCCUGCAUACCAAGAAAUCAUUAAUGUAUUUGGUCCUAGCAUACUGACAUCAAAUAAUGAAGUAGACAGAAAAAAAUUAGGUGCCAUAGUUUUUAAUAACAAGGAUAAAUUGGAACAAUUAAAUACAAUAAUUUGGCCUCUGAUUUUGCAAAGAGUAAAAUCAAUAAUUGAAUCGACCAAAGAUCAUAAUAUAGUUGUAUUAGAAGCAGCUGUUCUUUUAAGUGCAAAUUGGCAAUACCAUUGUCAUGAAAUAUGGGUUUCAAUUAUUCCACCAAAUGAAGCUACCAAAAGACUUCAAGAGCGCAAUAAUUUGAGCGAAAAGCAAGCGCUUGACCGAAUUAAUUCUCAACCAUCAAAUUGUGAAUAUGUUAAAAACGCAAAUGUGUUAUUUUCAACACUGUGGAGCUGUAAUUUUACUCAUAUUCAAAUUAAAAGAGCAUGGAGUAGUCUUUUGAGUAGAGUUUCUAGUAUCCACUGAUUUUUUUCAGCUCUUAAAAUGUUUUAUUACAUUUAUUAAAAAGGUUUUGGUUUAUUUUAUAAAUACAAUAUGUAUACUGUUUAGAUUUAUCGGUGAAAUGUUUUUAUUUUGUUGUUUUUUUUUUUUGUUGUUAUCUUUUUUUAAUGAUGAAUUAUUCAUAAUAAAAUGAUUAUGUAAUAAUAAAAAAAAAUAACAUGACAAUAUUGUAUUUAAAAAUUUUACAAUAAAAAAUCUGGGAAAACUGAAGGGUAAAAAGAUUAAUUGAGAAAAUAUAGGUCAACAUCAGUAAAAUGAACAUACAAAUUUUGCAAAUAACUAAUGGUAUUAUAUCAAAUUUUAAAUUAUAAAAUAAAAACUAUUCACAUUAUUCCCGAAAAAAAUUAAAUCUUUAUUGUUUGAGUUAUCACUACAGUUACGUAAGUAUUUUAUUUUAAUAAUACCAGUUUUAUAAAUAUUCUUUUAUAUUUCAUUAGUAAUAAUAAUAAUGGAAACGUGUAUUAACAUUUAGUAAUAUAUUAGGUACUAUUUAAGAUAAUUUACUAUGUUAAAAUUAAACUUGUUAAUAGGAAAAAAAUAACAAGUCCUAACUGUAUGAAACAUUAUUUAAGAAAGCUUCAUUUUUAAAAGAAUAGGUAUUCAAAAUAUUUUGUGUUCUUUGAGAUAAAAAAACAUCUAAAUAGCUUUAAAGAUAUUUAAUACCUUAUUGAUACAAUAUAUUCUCAAUGCUAUUUUUCAAAUAAAAACAUACUGGGCGACAAACAAAAACAAAUUUCACAGUUGAUCGUUAAUUUUUUAUUUGUUUGUCAUACAAUAAUAGUUUUUUCAGAGUAAAUAUGUAGCUACCUAUAAUUAAUAUUCUUCAAAAUCAUUAAAAAAAAAAUAAAAGUUUCAUUUGUGUCACAAUUCUUUACUAAUUCUUUCAGGUUAUCAAAUUUUUAUUCAAAUUAAGUUUAAUAGUCUACCUUGGAUAUAUAAUUUUAAUUAUAUAAAAAAAUUAUAAAUUAUAAUAUAAUUUUAUAAUAACUCACUAGCUCACAAAAGUUUAAGAUUAGUAAAAUAAUAGAUAUCUGUAUAUUGCUGUAUUAUAAUAUAUUAAAAAAGUGUACCAAUUAAGAAAUGCAUUACUUAUCAUUAGUUAUUAUGAUAAGUUGACUGAUAUAUUUACCUUUAUAUGACUGAAUUACAAUUCACAACUAACAAAAAUGAAAUUUAUAAAUGUAAAAAU